UUCUGUAUAUGGUUUGUUAAGUGAUGGGAGCUGUAGUCUGUUGUAAGCUCUGCGAUCUUGAGGAAGAAGAAAGCUAAUCACCUCGGACGACGCAGUGAUCGUCUCUCUCUCUCUCUCUGUCUCUAUCGUUUAUUUGAAUACACCACGCGCCGCUCAGAGUCGAGUAUAGCCAGUUGUAAGUGUGAGCUCUGAAAGCGCGUAUCUCUGCGUGAGCGCAGACAGAAAUGUUCAAAGUUAGUUAGCAGAAAGUUGAAUUUUCAUUCUUCGCACUUUUUGGGUAGAUCGAAAAAAAAGAUGAUGGACGACGAUUGUGAAAGUGGACAAACAAUGUCGAAAAUGCCCUUGAGGCUGGAUUCAUUGGAUGAUGGACUUCGUCCGCGAGACUGGCAGCCACGAGGGCCACACUGUAAAGUUCCAUUGCGUCUCGUUCGUCUGUGUUUCCUCGGUGUAAUUCUGCCGGUCGUGUUCGUCGCUGGACCCGUUUAUUUGAAAUAUAGAGUGUUUUCGGAGCAACUCUACCCUGUGACUAUUUCCGAUCAACGCCUUAUCGACCAUAGAAUGUCGACAACUUGGUGUCAGAAACAGGUACUAAAGGUCAAUGCAACAUUCAAUGCUUACUUGAUGAACGAUACUCCCAAGAUGAGGGAAGGGGUGAUUCCAGUUGCAAUGACGAGACAUUUGGUCCUUGAGGAUGAUAUGAAAGAGUAUUGGGGAUUUUAUUUGCUACGUGGGAGCAGCGUCACUGUCUCAACUUGUGUAAGAUGGCAAGGGGCUUCGCUAACGGUAAUUCGUGGACAUAAAAAUUUGCACGAAUGCGCAUUUAUCGGCGACGACAGCAGCGAAGAGCUCGAGGAGCUCGUUGAAGAAGCCGAAGAACGUGGCCUUCUACAAACGCCCAACGGAUUGGUGUUGGACGGGCCUAGCAACGAACCUUGGCGCAUGAGGCGCGUCCACCAGGGUGUGCAGUUUCAUCAGAACGAGACUGCCGCCAAUGCCAACCAAGUCACAGCCCAUCAUCAGUACACCAGCCAUGAACUCGAUGCCAAGGACAUGCGAGCCAUUCUCACGCAGCUCUUUAUGAAGACCCUGGACAUGAGGAAGAAACAGAAAGAGGGCCACCAGCAUCAUCAUCACGAAGGCACUUUCAAGGAGGAUGAUAAUAUCGAUAAGCCGCCUUCCUUCGACGACACGGAUUUUAUACAGCAUGAAUUGCUGUCGUUGAGGAGACAGGCUGCUUCCGAUGCAACUCCUUCGGGAGAAACUGACACGGCCGGUGCCGCUCGCUCGACGUCAGCAGAGACUACUACCAAAGCGCCAGCGCCGGAAGUCAAAUCGACGACCGUUCAAUCAAUGUUGGCCGAGAUCAAUUCCACAACGGGACCAUCGUCUAAGGAAGUGUUUGAAGAUGCAUUGCAUAAAAUAAGCGCGUUGGGCCAGCGAGGACGGAAAGUUCUAAACAAACUCAUCGAGGAAAUUAAUCAUCGUGAUCCAGAAACUGAGCAGAUGGUGAAGAAGGUCAUCGAGGAAGUGACCGACAGAGAAGAGAAACGGAUGAAGAGAGACCUUUUUUUGUCGUCGCCUAUGGCAGAACAAUUGUCGGGCGACGAUGAGGAUGACGAUGCUGCUGUCGAAGCGGGAAUGUUACGUCCUGAUGGGAUUGCAGAAUACCGCGGUACAGUCAACGAGACGACUCUCAACGACAGAAGUAACUCCGAGUUUUGGAGUUCGUUUAGUAGUUCCGAAGAGAGACUUUUGACUUGCAGAGGUUUGAUUCUGAAUCUUCCACUAACGCCACAUCGUUUCUGCGAACCGAAGUUUGAACGUCAUCACAAAACGGCUUCAGUGGCUAAUACGAUAACUUACAGAGUGCCAACCGAUGGAUACUAUUUCUUCGUCUUUAGUUCAGAAAACGAAAUUCAGCCAAACUACAUGCACGUCAAAUUCGAGCUGCUCAGAAAGUCCUACAAUAUAUCUAAUCCAGUACACGAAUGUAAAAACAGUACGGGCGAAUGUUCUUUGCCCAUUAGCUUCUUUAGCAGCGAGCGUACUGUACUUGAAUUACCAGUAGGUAUCAAUGAUUCUCAAUGGAACGAAGAGUACGUUGUCAUUUCGACGUGUGAACCGAGAACUUCUAUUUACCUCUUAUGCAUUCUUGCUGUUCCGCUGCUUAUCUUAAUGUUUGCCUUUUAUUGAGGUGUAGCCAGCUAAUACUGGAAAUAUUUAGCUCGCGUAAACAAAAAUGUUGAAAAUUUUUUUUUUUUUAAAUAGAAUAUUUCUUCAAUGGCUAUAAAGUUACUUUUUAUACAUUGGUUUUAAAAAUUACUUUGAGAUUACAAUUUGUAGCAAUUGUAAGUGUACUGAUAAAAACUUUUUUUUGCGGUAGAAGAAUCAUCUUCAGAAACAUCUUCGUAAAAAUGUUUUAUAAAGUGAAUUGAGAGCAGCCACUGCAAGUACCUGUCUAGUUAGUAAUAAAUAUUGGAUUGCUCAAAAUGAUAAUGAUGAACGUCAAAGUCAUUAGCAUUAUGUAUGUUUUCAAAGACUGUUAAUUGCAAUGGCUACUAUGUACGAAAGAAAAGUCACUUAAUAAGCUAGUAUUAUAAUCUUCCUAUUACGAAAAUGCAAUAAUAUAGGAAUAUGAUUGUCCUCGAGUAAUUAUACGGGUGCUUCGUUGUACUUAAAAAGUACUCUAAUUUAACUUUGUAUAUAACAAUUGAGAACGAAGUAUUUCGGUUGACGAUACUUCUUUCAUUCUAAUAAUAAUAAACUCAUGAUUUUACGUGCACGCAAAGAGCAAGUCGUGCCAAAGUUUGUUAUAAGUGUAAUACAAAUGUAUCUUGAAAGUAAAUUAUGUGAUACCUUGAGUUAUAUACUACGAUUGUUGGGAAAUGCUUACUCCUAAUUUAGAUUUUAAGACCACAAUAUAUGAACGAGAUUUAAGAUGAAAAGCACAUAUUUUUUCAUUUGGAUUAUUUGAUCCACACGAUAUUUUAACAAUAUUACUAGUUUAUCAAAUAACAGUUAAAAUAUUGUUUUUGAUGAUAUUGCUACUUCAUGAUAUCAUACCUUAUGAAUUAAAGUAUUAUUUUAAGCAUCUUAUGUGAUCAUACCUCGAUAUGAAAAAGAGAUACUGUUAUUUUAGUGCGAAGUAGGGCAUUUGUUAAUCGCGUAAUGGCAUUUUACAAGAAUUUUAUACUGUGUAAUUGAACGUGAUGUUAAGAAGAUUGGCGAAUGGAAUAUCAUAAAUUACAAUUUUCUUGAUGUUUUUAUCGAACGACAUUGGAGUUUGUGUAACCGGUUCAUAGGAUACUGACGUUAGAAAAAUAAGUGAUGUAUAUAUUUAGAAUGAAUUGAUACAAAACAGACAGUUAGGAAACUGUGAAAUUUACAUUGUUGUUUUUUAUAAACUACGACUGUUGUUAUACUUACUUUCUUAAUAAUAUAUGUGUUAUAUAUUUGUAUAUUAACGUAUAGUUAAAUAUAUG